AUGUUAUCGUCAAGAUCCUACCUGGAACUGUCACAAGAAGCAGACAUAUCCAAAAACACCUCGUCCAGGGAUCUGAGUCCCGAGAUUAAAAAUGAGUCAGAGCGUCGUUUAAGACCUCGAAAAGGACCCUCGGCCCAAGCACCGGGAAUCCCCCAACAAGUGCCCGACAGAAACUCGGCAGCCGUGGAUCGUCCCGUGCGGAAAAGAGGCCGGCCGAGAUUACAGACAGGCAAAGAUGCCACUGCCAUUGAGGAACGCCGCCUGCAGAUCCGACGGGCACAGCGUACCUAUCGUCUCAAAAAGGAGAAUACAAUCCAGGCUCUCAGAUCACGCGUCAACGUACUAGAGCGGACACUAGAGAAUGUAUCAGAUCUUCUAGGUAGUGCUCACCGCAAUGCAAUCGAUCACCUCAACGGCGAUCCGACUCUGCAGCCAAGGGUUGACUAUCUCGCUCGCACACGAGAACUCAUUCUAGCAGAAAUAAACCAGACCCGAUCUACCUCCUUAAACGACGAUGAACUCCAACUCGAACAGGCCAACAGCUCAUCUCAGGGCGCAUGUGGCUACGAAAUUACGCACACACGUCCCCAGAAGACGAACUCCAACGUCUCCUGUUUAUAUCCACAAUACACCCGAGCCCGCUCCCCAUCCCCACUCCUAAACCGCAUCCUCCCAACAUCAACAAUCUACACCUACAGCCACCAAGAAUCCAGCCUCUCCCGCCGUCUCCACAGAUUCAGCCUCGAGCACACCUACCGCUGGCUUACAGACCCACGCACCGAGCCCGCCCUUCUAGGCCGCGUCUUCGGACUAGUCCCUUGCAUCCAUGAUAUGCCAGGUAUUAGACGCCAUUUACGACGCACGCUGCAAUCCGAGAUCGGAAGCGUGCUUGAAUUAGCCAAGAUGCCUUUCUACACGCUCGGCGGGGCGGGGAAGCACUUCCCGCGCGUGGACGCGGACGGAAACUCUGUAUACCCGGAGAACAUUCGGAGACCGGGGAAGAUUUUACGGCGGAUGGUGCGGAUUUUGCAGCGGGGUGGGAUCCAGGAUUGGGAUGAGGACUGGAGUGGGGAGCGGGAGCCGGUUGCUGUUACUUUGGACGGAUUGGUGGAUGAGACACAGGUGCAGAUGAGUGAGGAGGAGAGGAUCCACUCGCUUGAUCUUGAUGGUGAGUGGUUUGAUUGUCAUGAUGUGCAGGGGUAUUUGGAGCAUCGGGGUCUGGUGCUUGAUGGGUCGGCGGUUAGGCUCGGUGUUUCUGAGGCUUUGGUUGGGGCUUUGUAUGGUUAUUCGCCGGACCGGUCGACUGUUUCUAGUCUCUAUGGUUCGUCGAAUGGGACUACUCCUGCCAAUAAGACGGGGUCAGAGUCCUCGACCUCGCUAUCGUAUACUUUGGAUGUUGAGUGUUUCUUUGACUGUGAGUUAACCGUCGAUACAUUUGCUCCUUGUGUUUUAUUUGUCAAUAUGACUGACAUGAGCCCAGUACUCCUCGAAAACAUCAGGAUUCUCGGCCGUGCGCCAGGAUUUCGAGUAUGGGAUGUAGAUGCCGCAUUGCGAUCAACGAUUUCCCGUCGGCUAGCCACGACACAAGACUGA